CAUCUGCAACAGCAGCAACAGCAACAGCAACAACAACAACAAACACGAAUACAACAACAAGAACAACAAAUUUAACAUUACACAGCAGUAGCAAUGCGUCGGCAGCAGUUACAACAACAGCAGCAACUGCUGCAGCUGCAGCACUAAGUACAACAAGUGCAACGAUGAACAUUAAAGCAGCAGACGAAGCUGUAACGGUAACACAAACAACAGCUUCACCUGUAACAGCAGCAACAGCAGCAACAACAACAACAACUACAACUACACUAACUGCAACAGUGGCAACACCUACUGUUGCAACAGCAGCAGCAAGAACAACAACUUUUGCAACAAACAUAGUACCCGGACCCGUGGCAACAACAACAGCAAGAACAAAUGAUACAAGUGAAUACAGAAAUGCCACCGCCAACACAUAUUCCCGACUGCAACAGCAGCAACAGCAACGAUUCCGACAACAACGGACACAACAAUGGCCGCAACAAUGGCAACAGCAACCACAUCGACGGCAAUUGCCCCAGCAACAGCAGCAGCAGCGUCGACAGCAAUACUUGCCGCAGCAACAAGAGCAAUUGCCACAGCAGUAUCAGCCGCGUCGUCAGCAAUACCCUCCGCAGCAACAGCAGCAAUUUCCACAGCAACAGCGACGCCCGCUAAAUGUGUCGCGGCAACAACAGCAAUUGCCGCAACGACAGCGUCAGUCACAGUUGCAUCCAGAUCAAACUCCACCAGAUGUGCUGUACGAGCGUUUGCAACAAUUGUUUGUUCCGCAGGAUCAAUUGCCGCAACGGCAACAACAACAAUUGCCACAGCAGCAAGAUGACUUGUGUGUUGCACAGGAGCAAUCGCCGCAACAACAGCAGCAACAAUUGCCACAACAGCUGCAGCAGCAAGAAUUGUUUGUUCCAAACGAAGAAUUGUCGCAACAAGAAGAAUUAUUUAUACCACUGGAACAAUUGCCGCAACAACAGCAGCAAGAAUUGUUUGUUCCAGAGCAACAAUUGUUUGUCACACAGCAACAAUUGCCGCACCAGCAACAAUUGUUCGUUCCACAACAGCAACUGCUACAGCAAAGCGGAUGGCAAGUGGUAAGCCCGGAAAUGCUGGCACAACAACAAUUGCUGCAACAGCAGCUGCUGCUGCAGCAGGACUUGGAACAGUUGCCACAACAGCUAGACCAAAUGCUGCAACUGCAACAACCGAUGCAAAUGCAGCAGCAGCAACCUGAACCCUUCCAUGAGCACCAAUUCCCUCAACAACAACAACACCAACAACCACCACCAGUACUAGAGGAACAGCCUCCAGCACAGCUUCCACCUCAACCGCCACCGCAACCCCUCCAGCUGCUUCCUGUGCCUGCCAGCGCUUUGCGGCCCGUUUACGCAGUGGAUAGCAAUGGCUAUUUGGUUCCCACACCCUAUGCCCUAGUUCCCGCCCAGUUUGUGGCCCAAGCGGGGGCAACAACAACAACGACGACUACAACCACAACAACAACCACUGCGAUGUAUGGCGUCAACUGCGGCUACUAUAAUUACGCGAACGCAAGCAUUGUGAAUAGCUUUGUUAACUAUGAUCACGACGCGAGUCAGAUGUGCGCAAUGGGCAUGGUCUAUGUCGAAUACAAAUGUGCCUCACCCGGCGAGGUGGCGGUAACAGCUGCCGCCGCAGCAGCAGCUGCUGCAGCCUUAGCACAGACGCAGGCGGCAGCUUAUGCGAUCGCGCAGGCGCAUGCACAGGCGCAUGCGCGAGCACAGGCAGUGGCGCGGGCGAGGGUGCAAGCGGAAGCGGAGGCGGAGGCGGAAGAGGAGUCGCAAAUCGAAACUGAUGAAGAAGAGCGAACAGAAGCAGAAGAGGAAGACGAAGAGGAACCGGAAGCGGAUGACGAGGCAGAAGCCGAAGAAGAGGCAGAAACUGGAAAUGAGGCAAAAUCAGAAUCAGAGGCAGAGUCAAGAGCAGAGGCCGAAUCAAAAACAGAGGCAGAGUCAAGAGCAGAGGAUGAGGUAGAAGGAGUGCAAUUGGAUACGGAAGCGGCAAAUGCUGUCUCAGAAGUCGAGGAUGAGACAACAACAGAGGAGAAGUUGCAAUAAAAUAGCGCCACACGUGAAGGCGGUGGCACUACUUGGAACAGAUAAACGUGCAAAUAUGUAGAAUUAAUGUCGGACGAGGAAUAAGUAUAGAAAUUUCAAGUGCAAAUAGCAAACAUUUACUAUGUGUCUAGUGUAAUAAUUGUUGUUAUCGUUGUUGCUGUAGUUGUUGUUGUUUGUGUUAAAACCAAAAUGAAUCUAAAUGCUGAAUGUAAGGAAAACCAAACUAUAGAAAUACGAUAUAUGCUACAGAUUAUAUAUACAGAUACGAAUACUUAUAUAUAUAUAUUGAUAUAUAUAUACCUUCAAAUAUAUAUAUAUAUAUACAUUGAUAUAAGAGAAUGCAGAACGAAGUCAAGAAAUGGAAAUGAACUAAAUGAAAACAUUUUACAAGAUGUGGCUGUAAUAAGAGAUAUGUCUGGAAUGAAGGGCAUAUGAAAUGAAUUCAUAUAUAUAUAUAAACGUGUAUAUUUAUAUAUGUAUUUAACCACAUAUGUGUGUGUGUAUAUAUAUAGAUUGAACUAUAUAUAUAUAUAUAUCGGAAUGUGUGUAUAUCAAGAAACUGAACUCAAUAUAGCAAUUGGCAAGAAGCGAGAAGAAGCAGAAGAAGAAGCCAGAAGAGCAGAAUACACACAAGAUAGAUAAACUGAAUGCAAAGCAAAUACGUUUACACACGAGCUUAAAAAAUGAUGUAUAGACAUACACAUA